GAGACUUUGCUCGCCCUGCCCUUUCCUGUAAUGGCGGCGCCCUAGACCGCGCGGCCGGGCCCCAGCACCGUCAGUGCCCGCUCUCACCGCCACCACCGGCACCGUCACUCCCGUCUCUGCCACCGCCUCCGCCACCGCCGCCAUGCAUUCGGACGAUGUUGUGUGGAGCAUGCUGGGGAACAGGCAGUUCUGCUCCUACAAGAUGACCACCAAAACUCAGAACUUCUGCCGGAACGAGUACAACCUGACGGGGCUGUGCAACCGCUCGUCCUGCCCGCUGGCCAACAGCCAGUACGCCACUGUCCGCGAGGAGAAAGGUCGCUGUUAUCUCUACAUGAAGACCAUCGAGCGGGCGGCGUUUCCCCGGCGCCUCUGGGAGCGGGUGCUGCUGAGCAAGAACUACGAGAAGGCUCUGGAGGAGAUCGACGAGAACCUCAUCUACUGGCCCCGCUUCAUCCGGCACAAGUGCAAGCAGAGGUUCACCAAGAUCACGCAGUACCUGAUCCGCAUCCGCAAGCUGACCCUCAAGAGACAGAGGAAGCUGGUCCCGCUGCGCAGGAAGAUCGAGAGGCGCGAGAACAGGAGAGAGGAGAAAGCCCUGAUCGCCGCCCAGCUGGACAACGCCAUCGAGAAGGAGCUGCUGGAGAGGCUGAAGCAGGACACGUACGGAGACAUUUACAACUUCCCCAUCCACGCCUUUGACAAGGCACUCCAGCAGCAAGAUGCAGAGAGCGAGAGCGAGUCGGAGGCAGAGAGGGAAGAGGAUGAUGAUGAUGAUGAGGACGUGGAUAAAAGGGAGUUUGUGGAAGCAGAGGACAGCGAGCUCAGCGACUUUGAGGACAUGGAUAAGUUGGAGACAAGCAGUGAAGAGGAGCAGGAAGAGGAGGAAGAAGUAGAGAAGAAAGCCUCGCACUCCAAAUCUAAAGGGAAAACGCCCCUGAAGGGCCCAGCCAGGAGAAAACGUCCCUACCUUGAGAUCGAGUACGAGGAGGAGACAGAGCCCAGCGCCAAGACAAAAGCAGCCUGAGCCCUCCCUGCGCUGACUGACAGAACUCCAGAUGUGUCACCAGACCCCAGCACGUGUCACCCACCUCCCAGCCCUGUGCUGGACCCUCAGGAGCUCCUGCUUCGACACUGCGCACGUUUCCUGCAGGAACUGCGGGGUUUCUGUCCCUGAGCCCGGGAAAUUGCAGCGAGUUUGUACAACUGGGUGAGCCCAGCUCCCACCUCCUCUGCAACCACAAAAAGCUCAGCCCAGACCCUGCUCUCCAGGCAGGGCCCUGGCCUGGGGGGCUCUGCCCCAAGGCUGGAGAAACCUCUGGGGGCACUUGGCUGUGUCUGGGGGAGCUGCAGGGCUCGCAGGUGGGACAAGAACGACAGGACUCUUCAAUAAAUACAACGAUUUUACUGUACAAAAGGGGCUGAGAGCAGUGUCAGGCACCUCAGGCGCUCUCCUGCACCUUCCUGAGGCAUUCCCUCACCCGGUUCUCCUCACAGCUGCUGUGCACCCCUUCCAGCAGCACCUGCAGGGAGAGAAGUGGUGUUCCCGGUGCCGUGGCACUCGGAUCUGGUGUCACCCACCCUUCCCCAGUGCCCUGGCACUCUGUUCUGGUGUCACCCACCCUCUGCCAGUGCCGUGGCACUCGGAUCCGGUGUCACCCACCCUCUCCCAGUGCCGUGGCACUCGGAUCCGGUGUCACCCACCCUCUCCCAGUGCCGUGGCACUCGGAUCCGGUGUCACCCACCCUCUCCCAGUGCCGUGGCACUCUGUUCUGGUGUCACCCACCCUCUCCCCAUGCCCUGCUGGAGCAGAGCACAGGCUGACCCCAUCAAGUUAUC